AUGAAGCAUAUAGAAAAUUCAUCCAAUGCAAAUGUGUCUGGAUAUGUCACGUUCCCCUGUUUAGAAGAACUGAGAUUGGAGUGCAAUGGCAUCAUGAAAGAGAUAUGGCAUGGACAACUUCCAGAAGGGUAUUUAAAACUAAAAGUUCUUGAGCUCAUAAAUUUUCCUGCACAAGUGACUGUUCUUCCAUCUUAUUUCUUUCAGUCACUAUCAAAUCUUGAAAAUUUUGUUGUGAAUGGUGCUUCCUUUAAUGAAAUAUUCCAAUGUGAGGAAUUCAGUGGUGGAGAAAAACAGGAAAGGGCACUUGCUCAGUUAAGCAGAUUGAGGUUAUCUAACCUCAAUGAACUGACACAUCUUUGGAAGGAGAAUUUUAAACCUGGAGAAAAUUUUUGUAACAUGAGAGCUCUAGAAGUGCACGAUUGUGGUAAAUUAAAGAUUUUAGUGCCAUCCUCAGUGUCUUUCAAGAAUUUGACAACUCUGGAGGUGUCAAGAUGUCAGGGACUUAAACAUUUAAUUGCACACUCCACAGCUAAAAGCCUGAAGCAGCUUACUAGAAUGAGUAUAACAAAUUGCAAAAUGAUAGAAGAAAUUAUAGCAGGCUCAGGUGAUGAAGUGAAGGAAGGCAUUGUUUUCAAUCAGCUGAAGUGUUUGGGGCUUAGUUGUCUGCCAAACUUAGCAAGCUUUUGCUCAGGGAACUACACCCUUGAGUUCCCUUCAUUGGAAACUGUAACUUUGAGACACUGCCCAAAGAUGAAAAGUUUGCCUCGGGAAAGGUUAAGCACACCAAAACUAAGACGUGUGUAUUCAAAUGAAGGUGGGGAUGAAAAGCAUUGGGAAGGCGACUUGAACACUAGUAUACAACUUUUGUUCAUGGAAACGGUUUCUCAGGUUGAAUACCGUGCAAUUGAGUAUUUGGUACUCUCUGAUUCUUCCAAGUUGAUGGAAAUAAGGAACUGGAAUGCACAAGAAAUUUUGGACUUCAAAAACCUUAAAUUUCUCAAAGUUUAUAGUUGUAGAAACUUGAAAUAUACAUUUAACCCUUCCAUGGCCAUGGACCUUGUGCAUCUUGAAAAACUGGAGAUUCAUGAUUGCGAGAUGUUGGAAGAGGUAAUAAUCACACACGGAUUAGCAAAGAAAGAUAGGAUGAGCAAGAAAAUGUUCCCUAAACUGGUCUCCUUACUGUUUAUUGCCCUUCCCAAUCUCAAAAGAUUUUGCUCAGGAAAUUACUUUGAAUUCCCCUCCUUGAAAGAACUUUGGGUACAGAGCUGCCCUAUGUUGAAUACGUUAAUUUCUAGUUCAGUAACUAGAAACAACUCAGAGCAGAACCUACAUACUGACUUGACAGCUCUGUUUGAUGAAAAGGUGACAUUCCCCUCUUUGGAGAAAUUAGGAGUCAUGGACAUGGGAAACCUGAGAAAGAUUUGUAAUGACCAAAUUUCUAAGGAUUCAUUCUCCAAAUUAAAAGUUCUGAAGGUCAUAGGCUUGCCUAAGAUAUCAGCUAUCAUUCCAUCUUGUUUCUUUCUCUCAUUGUCCAAGCUUGAAAGGCUUGUUGUGGAUGAUGCUUCCUUUACAGAAAUAUUUCAACUUGAAGGAGUCGGAGGAAAAACGCAGGCAUGGGAACUUUCUGAUUUUAGUGAUUUACGGUUGUCCAAACUUCCUGAGUUGACACAUCUGUGGAAGGAAGAGUUUCAGUCUCAACCUGGAAUACUUUUCCAUAACCUGAGAACUCUAAAAGUAUUGGAAUGUCCCAAGUUGAAGAGUUUAGUGUCAUCCGCAAUGAGUUUUGAAAAUCUAACUACUCUAGAAAUAUCAAGAUGUCAUGGAUUUAUAAAUCUAAUAGCGCCCUCUACCGCUAAAAGCAUGAUGCAACUCAAAAUAAUGAGGAUUACUGAUUGCAAAAUGAUAGAAGAAAUCAUCGCAAAUGUGGGUGAUGGAGGGAGUGACGGCAUCAUUUUCAAGCAACUAGAAUGUCUCAGACUGCAAAGCUUACCACAGCUUACAAGUUUCUGCUCAGGAUACUACUAUCGCUUUGAGUUCCCAUCUUUGGUUGAAUUUGUUGCAAUUGAAUGCCCAAAUUUAAGUGUUUUUUGUAAAGGAGAAGUAAGCACACCAUUGCUACAAAGUGUACGUCUAAAAGGAGAAGAAGGUAGACCUUUGAAAAAUCAUGACCUUAAUAACACCAUAAGAGGAUCAUACAGCGAAAAGGUUUAG